GUGUGACUGGGGCCACCUGCCGGCGAGGUACUCAACCUGCAUAAAUACUUGCAACGCGUGACAUUCAACAUCACACUCGGUCCUGCGAUCAAGAUGGAGAAACAACACUUGUUCCUCGCAAUCGGCGCCUUCGCAUUUCUUCCAAUCCUGGCUCAAGGGUGCAUCUUGCCCUUCGAGAAGAUCGGAACUCAGUGCCUUCUCGUGGACGCCCUGACCAAAGGAAGCUUCUACGACAUGCGGCUCCAUUGCUCCUUGCUAGGCGAAGGAGGCAAACUGGCCAAAAUCCCCGACGCCAACCAACUCACCGCGAUUAUCAAUCACAUCCAGGAGAGCCAUCUAGACCACUCCAAUUACUGGGUGGACGCUGAGGACGGUGACACGGAAGGAACUUGGAGGUGGAGCGACGGCACCCUGGUUCCCGAAGGCUCCCCCUUCUGGCGCUACGAAUGCGACGGGACCUUCUCCGAACGCCCCACUAUCAAUCCCAACUUCAACUGCGCCAUCUUGGACCUGGAAUCCCACUACCGUAUGGCAGACACCUCCUGUCUCGGAGACGUGGGCGAGAUCCCCUACAGCCCCAUCUGCGAGCAGGUCUAAGUGAGAGGCGUUAGACCGAUAAAGUUGGUGGCCGGGAUCAUCCAUCUAUGCGUCUAAUGUGAUUUACUGGGCUGUCAGCAGUGAUCUCUUUGUUUUUUUUUUCUCUUUCUUUUUUUUUCCUGAUAAUCAUAUGCUCAUGUAAUCAGGUAUCAACCCAAAUUCAAUGGGAAAAUUAUAGUGUAAACCCUUACUUAAAAAAAGCAUAGACUCAAAAUUAAAUUACAAACUGGAAAAA